AAAAAAAAAAGGGGAGAGGACAAAAACAGAGUAUUGAACAAAAAGGGGACAAGUCAUAUGAUAUAACAAAGGAAAGAUCUUUCUCUUUCAUUUGCUGAUCUCACUCGUACUAUAGACUAAGGAAAGAUCUCAUUUGGUCGUCAGUAAAUUUUCUGAUUUGAUUGAAAGAGAGGGAAAAUGAAUGGCGAUCUUGAAGUUGAUAUGUCUAGAGGAGAUUUCAAUCCAAGUUUUUUUCUUGGAAAGCUUAAAGACGAUGAGUUUGAGAGUAGAUCAUUGAGUGAUGAUAGCUUUGAUGCAAUGUCUGGUGAUGAGGAUAAACAAGAACAACGCCCUAAGAAGAAGAAGAGGAAGACAAAGUAUCAUAGACACACUUCUUACCAGAUUCAAGAACUCGAAUCUUUCUUCAAAGAGUGUCCUCAUCCUAAUGAGAAGCAAAGGUUGGAACUUGGCAAAAAACUUACUUUGGAGAGUAAGCAAAUUAAGUUUUGGUUUCAGAACAGAAGAACACAAAUGAAGACGCAACUAGAGCGGCAUGAGAAUGUGAUUCUCAAACAAGAGAAUGAAAAACUGCGGCUAGAAAACAGUUUCCUUAAAGAGUCAAUGAGAGGCUCUCUAUGUAUUGAUUGUGGUGGAGCAGUUAUACCUGGUGAGGUUUCUUUUGAGCAGCACCAACUUAGGAUUGAGAAUGCUAAGCUUAAGGAAGAGCUUGAUAGGAUUUGUGCUUUAGCAAAUAGAUUCAUUGGUGGGUCUAUUUCACUUGAGCAGCCUUCAAAUGGUGGGAUUGGCUCACAGCAUUUGCCUAUAGGACAUUGUGUCAGUGGUGGAACUUCACUGAUGUUUAUGGAUCUUGCCAUGGAAGCCAUGGAUGAGUUGUUGAAGUUAGCAGAAUUGGAAACUUCUUUAUGGAGUUCAAAGAGUGAGAAAGGAUCGAUGAACCAUUUCCCUGGUUCAAGAGAAACUGGUUUAGUACUUAUCAAUAGCUUGGCUCUAGUCGAGACUCUUAUGGACACGAACAAAUGGGCAGAAAUGUUUGAGUGCAUAGUCGCGGUUGCAUCAACCCUUGAAGUGAUAUCCAACGGUAGUGAUGGAUCAAGAAACGGCUCUAUUCUAUUGAUGCAAGCAGAGUUUCAAGUGAUGUCUCCAUUAGUUCCAAUCAAACAAAAGAAGUUUCUUAGAUAUUGCAAGCAACAUGGAGAUGGUUUAUGGGCGGUCGUCGAUGUUUCUUAUGAUAUAAACAGAGGAAAUGAGAACUUGAAGUCUUAUGGUGGCUCUAAAAUGUUUCCUUCAGGAUGCAUUAUACAAGACAUAGGCAACGGCUGCUCCAAGGUGACAUGGAUAGAACAUUCAGAGUACGAAGAGAGUCACACCCACUCACUUUACCAACCGUUGCUCAGUUCUUCGGUUGGGUUAGGCGCAACCAAAUGGCUUGCGACUCUGCAGAGGCAAUGCGAGAGCUUCACAAUGCUUUUGUCUUCUGAAGAUCACACAGGUUUGUCACAUGCUGGAACAAAGAGUAUACUAAAGCUAGCGCAGCGUAUGAAGCUCAACUUUUACUCGGGAAUAACUGCUUCGUGCAUUCACAAAUGGGAGAAGCUUCUUGCUGAGAACGUGGGACAGGACACAAGGAUACUGACAAGGAAGAGUCUUGAGCCGUCUGGUAUUGUCCUGAGCGCUGCGACAUCUCUGUGGCUACCAGUGACUCAGCAGAGACUCUUUGAGUUUCUGUGUGAUGGUAAAUGCAGAAACCAGUGGGAUAUUUUGUCUAAUGGUGCUUCAAUGGAAAACACACUUCUCGUCCCAAAAGGACAACAGGAAGGAAGCUGCGUCUCUCUUCUUCGUGCUGCUGGGAAUGAUCAAAAUGAGAGUAGUAUGCUCAUCUUGCAAGAGACAUGGAAUGACGUUUCUGGUGCACUGGUGGUUUACGCGCCUGUUGAUAUUCCAUCUAUGAAUACUGUAAUGAGCGGUGGAGAUUCAGCUUAUGUGGCGCUUCUUCCAUCGGGGUUCUCGAUAUUGCCUGACGGAUCAUCAUCAUCGUCUGAUCAGUUCGAUACCGAUGGCGGUUUGGUGAAUCAAGAAAGCAAAGGAUGUCUCCUGACUGUAGGAUUUCAGAUCUUAGUGAACAGCCUACCGACUGCAAAACUCAACGUGGAAUCUGUUGAAACUGUUAACAACCUCAUCGCUUGCACCAUUCACAAGAUCAGAGCCGCUCUUCGUAUACCUGCUUAGCUAAAGUUGUAGGACCUAAUCUUGUUUCUAUGUCUGAAACAAUUUGUGAGAGUGUAGCCAAAUUUGAGACUGAGUAGCUAGUAGAACAAACAAAUAAACAAACAAAUGGACCAAAGUUUACAAUUUGCAAAACUGAUUUGUUUUUUUGUGUUUAUGCCAUUUUCCACUGAUACAUAAAAAACGUUGGGAAAAAGCUACAGACUUCUCAAGAAACAUACAAGACACCUCGACGAUAGAAAACAAGACUCGCUGAAGUAAAACCCGACCAAACAAAAAGAACCCACCAAGACAUCAACAAACCAACUUGUUUAAUGAAAUCGCUACAAGGCAAAGAACCACAUACCAGUUGAGAUACAGCAAAAGAGCUCAAGUCAAUCUGAGACAAGCCGAGGAAAAGAAUCACUAGCACCGAAGGCGCCAAAAACUGCAGAGCAACAAGGCAUAGGUAAUGGUUGUGAAGAAACAUCUUUGCACGACUAAAAUCCAAAUCAGGAGUUUUACUUCCAUGUAAUCUCUGAUACCACGAAAGGACUGCUUCGUUCAAGAACAUCUGAAGGUUAGGACGAACCGCCAUCGCUUGUAGUAAACCCGAAAGUAACAAACACAAAACCCGAAACUUCGCAAAAUCAUCACUCAACAUGCCUACAUUACCAACCAACCCACUCUGACUCUGACUACUACCACUAGUCCCAGGAUCACCACUUCUCUUCACUAAAACCUCUGCCAACGGAUGAAUCCAAAGCAACGAAGUGAAAACCGAUACGAUAUAAUUCGCAUAUAGAAUCAUCCUACCAAACCAUCCACAAGAAAUGAUCGACAAAUUACUCCUAAUCUGAUCAGUCCCAACCCAAAACGACCUUGCACUUCUUCCAGCAGGCAUAUAAAGGAAACCACCAAUACAAGCCAUCGAAAACGAUAUCACAAUGCAACAAAACGCAUCAACAGAACCUAAUUGAAAAUCAAAUCCUUUAGGAAAAACACCAGCACUGAUUAUAAUCCCAAACACAAACCCUAAAACACCAAAAAUCAAACUCAAUCUCUUCUCAGAUUCCUUAGAAGCAGAUCUCUCAAUAGAAAUCUUCCCCAAAGCUACAAACACCUUACACAAAGCUAUAAACCCUAGAACAAUCGGAAACAUCAAUCCAUUACUUAAAACUCCAUGACUAUUAUCCUCAAUAAUACCGAAGUACUUAUCUAGAAGAAAGCAAGAAACAGCUAAGAACGAUAUCACGAAUAGCGAAUUGUACUCAGUGAAAUACAUUCGAGAUCUGAGAUGAUCUUCAUCGAGCUUAAUUCGAAAGAUCUGAGCAUUGCUUUCGUCGAAUUCGGAUUUAUCUUUGGAUCUGUUUCUUCUUCUGACUUCAACAUUAGAUUUUGGAUCGUCGGUACUAGAUGGUCGUCUAAUCGCAGGUCGGAGUCCAUUUCCGGUGUUGUUUUGGUUGAGAUUUUCAGGUUGGAUAUAGGUACAGAGACCGUGGAGGAAGAUGAUUGAGAUUUUGACGAAUGAAAGGACUAACGUUAAGAAGAGAGAUAGUAGGAUUUGAAGUGUUAGAUUCCUGUAACUUCCUAAAAGCUCAAGCAUUGUUUCUUCACUCUGUUGUUCGACUCUCUCUGGGUAGAAGAAGAUGUAUGAAGAGAGUCUGAAUUUGUUUGGAAUGUUUGUACUUUCAAUUGGUAAAAAGGCCCAAUGGGCUUUAAUUGCUCUUAGUUGUAUCAAACCCUUAUUAAAUUUCCAUAAGAAUUUUGUCUUUAUUCUUAUUGUUUUAAUAGUAUAAUAUAAACAAUUUGUAGUAGAACAGCAGCCAUUUCUCAAGCGAAAUACCAAAACAACAGCACAUGCUAAUCAAAAUUGCUACGUCACUCAAGAUUAGUAUGACGAGCACGUACCGACUCAGAAGACUCACCCAAAACCUCACCCAACUUGUAAACAACCAUCUCAAACAACACAAACAAAGCUCCUUCAUAUACACUCCCCAUCGGCAAUAAACGUCUCUCUCCCAUUUCCACCGAAUCACCACCACCGUUAUCACUCGCCAUAGUCUGAGCAGGUACAUAACAGACAUCCGUUGCAUGUUUCACACAAGAACCUAUCGCUGGCUCUGCAGUAAUAAGUAUAACCUUAGCACCGUUCGAUUUAGCUACAGAGCAAAGCGCAUCGACGGUUGAGAAUCCUCCAGGACCAGCUGAAGCGAUUAAGAGAUCAGAAGAUGAGAUUGGAGGUGUUGUCAUGUCGAAGACUAAGUGAGUGGGGAGACCAAAGUGGAAGAGACGCAUCGCGAAGGCUUUUAGCAUUAGACCUUCGCGUCCAACACCGUAGAGGAAGAUACGAGAGUUGUUGCGGUUGCGGGAGAUUGCGGUAAGCUCUGUUACUAGGAGAUCGAGCGGUGGUGGAUAUGGUGAGGUUGGUUUUGUGAAGACAGAUGAGAUUUGGUUGCAGAUUUGAGAAGAUAGAUUCGCCAUUUCUUGAGCUUUCUCGUUCGCCAUUGAUGUUGAAUAAUUCAGCUUAUCAUCAUCAUCAUCAUCUUAUAUCGUGCAUUUUGGACCACGUUUACAAAUUUAUACCGUUUGAUUCGGUGGUUAAUUGAAUUCCGGUUCGGUUCGGUUUUAAUGUCAUAUCAAACAAAAAUACAAUGACAAAUUUGGAAUAUGAUGUAAGAACAUAGAACAUGGAAGAACAGAGGUGACAGUAAGAAAUUGCAUUCAAA